UAUUGUCUUGUCCUAAUUCAUUAAAUCAUGACCUUCAUCAGUAGAAAAGACAGGGUGUUUAGGACCGUCAGCGAUGCAUAUUUAGACGUUGAAAGAAUCGAAGGAAGAUUAAAGAGGUACAGUUCGUCAACCGACGCCAGGGGUUGGUGUGAUGAUGUGGAACAAAGACGGCAACAUAUACUCAAGCAAAUGCUGGUCGGCCCUAGCAAAUGUGAGCAAAAUAUUGUACCCCUUGAUAUUAUGAUGCACAUGUUUACUAGAAGAGCAGACGAUAACGCUAAGCGUUUAACUGAACUAUCGAGGUGCAUUUUAAAUGCGGUGGAACCCAUGGAUCUCACAAGAGAGCAAAGAGCGGUCCUUAAUAAAUUGAAGAUGAACUUUAAACAAAAUAAUAUGAGCCAGCCUAGAGAUCUAUUAGAUGAUAAUGAAUUUGAUUCACAAAAGUCUAGCCCAAAAAUCCCACUUAAAAUAAAACUGAAAUUAGUAAAUGGCGACGGAAAUGUAGCACCCAUUCCACAGCCUGUAUCUCUGAUAUCAAAUGGCGAUAACAAAGCAAAAAUUAGAACACGAUAUUGCAAACACAAAAAAUUGGAUCAAAAAAUAAAUAUGGCUCUCAGAAAAUCGAUACUGAUAAGUGGUGAGUUUAGGAGGAUCUCACAACUCCCAAAUUUUGAAUUAAAACAGGAAAGGAUUAGCCAAGCAUUAAAUAAAAUGGAUGAUGGACCCUUAGAAAGGGUACUAAAUGCAUAUGAAUCUUCUGAAAUUAGUAAAGCAAAUAGAUUAACAGGAGGGAAAUCCAGUUCUAGCGGAUUUCUUUUAAACAGUUCAGAAAGUAAUAUAAUUCAACGUUGCAGUCUCUCCAGGUCGAUUGGUACCAAGUGCAGCCUGGCUUCCAUGUCAAAAAUUAAAAUGAGAAUGAAAAUGGGAAAGAAGAAUAAUUAUCCGCCUGAAACAAGAAAUAUAGAAACACCACCAUUAAUUGAUAUCAUGGAGAAAACGUGUCGAUUUUGCCGGAAUGAUAAGUUUAGCUGUACAUGUUUAGAGCCAUGUCCAAAAUAUUUAUGUUACAAGUGUAAAGACGUCGUUAGAAGUUAUUCAGAUUCACAUUUUCAGUUGGUCCCAUUUGCUUCAAACGUUUCUGCAGACUUAACGGAAUCUGAAGAACCAGUAACAAUAGGAAAAUGCAAACUCUCUGUGUCGGUUGGAACAAAUUCAAUUGAUAAAAAUAAUAAUGAUGCAAUAGUAAAUAUUUUAAAAGACUAUUGUACAAAGGUAGAGACAAUUGACAAAGACAAUAAGGCAUUACUUCGACAAGUACAAUUAUUACAUAUUUCGGAGUGCAAUAAAUUUUCUAACACAAUAUUUGGUUUAGAAAACGAUUUGUUAGAAAAUCAAGGGAAACGUUGCUCACUAGAAAAGAGUCUUUUAGAAAAAGAUUUCCUCAUGGAGAAGAGUGAACAAGAAAAAGCUUCCCUUAAAGAUCAAAUAAAACACCUGGUAAAUAAAUUAGAAUGUACUGAUAAAGAAAUUAAGGAAACAGAGAAAUAUAGGAUUAUGUAUGAAGAGAUCAUAAAUGAAUUAUCCAAACAAAAAGAAAAUUAUAAUUCGAUAAUUCAGGAUUUCAACAAAGUAAAGAAGGAACGCGAUUCCUACAAGAACCAAUAUGAAAAUUUGGUCAGAUACAAAUAUGAACAUAACAAACUGCUUGCUGAAUUAGAAGCUACAAAGAAAAAUUCUUUCGAGCCAAAUGAGUUUCAGCAGAAGCUGGGUGAAAGUCUUACUCCAAUUGGAGACGAAUUAGCACACAUAAAGAAAGAUAUAGAAAUUUUGAAAUCUGCUAAAAAGCCGUAUAUUAAUACUGUAGACAUGUGCAUAGAAACAGAUAGGACAAGAAAUCGAAACGCAUCACUCUCUACGGAAGAAGUGGAUUCUAUUUCAGACUUCAAAAUUGAUGUGCCUUUUCCUAUUAACAGAAAUAAACAACUGGAGAUGGCUCAAGCUGAAUAUAAGAAAAUGGAGGACAUAGCCAAAUGUAUACCAGAAAAUCCUCAGUACGUGUCUUUGUUGUCCCACUUGGCCGGUUUGAAAAAGAGGGUUCUUCAGUUGGAAGUGGAAAAUGGAAAACUGCGAGCCAACGUAGAGCUAAAAUUGACACAGAACGUGAAUAAUAAGGUUAUUAUUCAGGAAAUAGAAAAAAUUAAAGAAAAAAAAGAAAUUCUGGAGCAACAUUUAAAACAGGAAACCAGUAAGCGUAAUCAGCUUGAAAAAAAUAUUUGUGUAAAUUAUUCACUGUGAGAUGAAUAAAAAUAUACUUCUACGAAA